UAAACCCUGACUGUACGAGAGUUUCGCGACACUGGCUCACCGUCCACCAAGCCAGUCACAUAUCACGUGUUGAAGAUUCAAAUUUGGUGAUUGACAAAUACAGUAAUAUUCCCGGAUAUAUUUUACAUCAGUGAAGUCAUUCAUCCAUUACUCGAUAAACCACGUGACUCCCGCAAUGGAUCCCGAAAGCUUCAAGGACUUCGCUAAAGAAAUGGCGGAUUUUAUCGCCAAUUACCUGGAAAACAUCCGCGACAGGCGAGUUUUGCCGACUGUUGAGCCCGGAUACAUCAAGCCACUCUUGCCAACGGAGGCACCGCAGGCACCCGAACGAUGGGAGGAUAUCAUGGGAGAUAUCGAGAAAAUUAUCAUGCCAGGGGUAACUCACUGGCACAGUCCGAGGUUUCACGCGUAUUUCCCAACCGCCCAGUCCUACCCAGCAAUCGUCGCCGAUAUGCUCAGCGGUGCUAUCGCCUGCAUAGGUUUCACCUGGAUCGCAAGUCCCGCAUGUACGGAAUUGGAAGUGGUGAUGCUGGACUGGCUGGGUAAGAUGCUGGAACUCCCCAAGGAAUUUCUGGCCUGCAGCGGUGGAAAAGGUGGUGGUGUGAUUCAGGGAACAGCUAGUGAAGCCACCCUGGUCGCUCUCCUCGGCGCCAAAGCCAAGAAAAUUCGCCAGGUGAAGGACGAACAUCCGGACUGGACUGACACCGAGAUCACGGGCAAACUAGUCGCCUACGCCUCCUAUCAGGCGCACAGUUCUGUCGAACGUGCUGGGCUUCUUGGAGGUGUUCAAUUCAAACUGGUGGACGUGGACUCCAAGUACAAAAUGAGGGGUGAUACUCUCGCUGAUGUUAUUCGACAGGAUAAAGAGAAGGGGCUCAUUCCGUUUUAUGCUGUUGCCACUUUAGGAACUACUUGCUCCUGUGCUUUUGACAGACUGGAUGAAAUUGGUCCUGUCUGCAAUGACGAGGGAAUCUGGCUACAUGUUGAUGCUGCUUAUGCCGGAUCUGCCUUCAUCUGUCCGGAAUUCCGGUAUCUGAUGAAGGGAAUUGAAAGGGCCGACUCAUUUAAUUUUAAUCCACACAAGUGGAUGCUCGUGAAUUUUGAUUGUUCAACGAUGUGGCUGAAGGACCCAACUUAUGUGAUCAACGCCUUCAACGUCGAUCCGCUGUACCUUAAGCACGAUAUGCAGGGGUCAGCACCAGAUUACAGACACUGGCAAAUUCCCCUGGGCCGACGUUUCCGCGCCCUAAAACUGUGGUUCGUCCUCCGCAUCUACGGAGUAGAGAAUCUCCAAAAAUUCAUCCGCAAGCACGUCGCCCUGGCGAAGGAAUUUGAACAACUGGUCCUCAGCGAUUCGCGAUUUGAAAUCGUAGCUGAAGUCGUUCUCGGGCUCGUUUGCUUCAGACUCAAGGCCUCAAAUGAUGUCAACGAAACCCUCUUGAAGAGGAUCAACGGCGCAGGUCUCAUCCACUUGGUCCCAUCCAAGAUAAACGACACGUAUUUCCUCCGGGUGGCCAUAUGCUCUCGAUUCAGCGAGAGCAAAGACAUCGAGAAUUCCUGGAAAGAGAUAAAACUUCGCGCUGACGAGGUCCUCGAUGAACAAUCCGUCUCCAAGUGAUGGCGGGCGCAAAUAACACGUGGUUGUCGUGCCCUAGCGCCAGCCACCUGCAAUCAAUCCUAAUCACUUUUGAAAAUCACAUCACCAAGUUUGAACCUCUGGUGUCAUGCACCCGCUGACACCGACCUUGUGUAACUUUCACCGAUCGAGUCCGCGGGUCUCUAGAUAUUGUGACAGUUACUUUGAUGUUACAAGUGUCUCGAUGUUAUCCCUCCCCUUCAACGUCGAUCACCCACUCGUUCCGCAACAGUUUUUAAUUACUUGUACGUGGGAUUUAUUCCGCAAUCAAAUUUACCUUGGGCUCAGAUUUUUUUCUCUCUUCGGAUUUUGCGAGUGAAACUAAUUAACUCGACGUUUUCUUUAGUUUUGUAAAUACACUAUUAGGGAUCAAGGUUUUUUGUAUAUAUAUCACUAGGUGAAUCGUUGGUAUUUAUUUUUUUUAUGAUGAAUUGUAGAGAAAUCGGUAGUGAAGCGGUAAAAAAAAUAUUCAAAAGUCCUUUUCGCUUGAAUAUUAAAUAAUCUGCAACUCAGUAUGAAAAAAAUAUUAUUCAUUCAUUUUAGAUGCAAAAAAUGCAGUAAUUUCGUUUUAUCGCUUCACUGCAAAAUAAAAAUUUAUGAGAUAAGUAUUUGUGCCGUUACAUGCAUUUGAUAAAUACCGCUGCAGUUAGGACAAUAAAUAAAUUUAGCUUGCGUCCAACAGUUCAGGAUGAGCACCUGAGCUAUAGCAUGUUAGCAAUAAAACUGGAACAAUGAUUUAUUCAAUGGGACCAACGGGAAAGUAUUCAGGAAUGUUGAAGAUGCCGAGUACCUGUUGUUCGUACGUGCAGUGAGAGAAGAAAUUAUUUCCAAAAAAUUGAAUUUAUCUCUGAAAAAAUUAUCUACAGAAAUAUUUUUUUUUCUCAGUGCACUGUGACAAAGUCUUAUCUUGCCAUUCGUUUAGCUCGUUGUAAAUUUAAUAUUCACAUCAUAAUUGUUGUUGUCAUCACAUUAUAUAACAAUUGUUAAACAAAUAAUAUAAAAAAAUAAUGGUUAGGUGUAA